CCGAAAUCGCCAUUUAUUAGGGUUCAUAUAAAUUCCUCCGACCUCUUCCAUUCCAUUUUACCUUUCUGAGGAUUUAAAGGUUCUGAAAAUCAUUUGUUGGUUCUUCUGGGUUUUCAUUUACGGCACUUAGGGUUUUUGUGAGGUGACGAACAGAAGGAACCAGCGAAGAUGGGAAGGUACAGAAGCCGUAGCAGGAGCUAUAGUCCCCGGCGCAGCAGAAGCCCUCCUCCUCGGAAGCGAUACGACGAUCCUAGGGAUAGGUACCAAGCUAGUCGGUCUUACAGGGAUAGACGAUCUGGUCCUUCUGGAUUGCUUGUUCGCAACAUUGCCCUGGACGCAAGGCCAGAAGAUCUUAGGAUCCCAUUCGAACGUUUUGGUCCUGUAAAGGAUGUAUAUCUUCCAAAGAACUAUUACACUGGAGAGCCACGAGGCUUUGGGUUUGUCAAGUUCCGCAACGGUGACGAUGCUGCUGAAGCCAAGAAACAGAUGAAUCAUCAAGUCAUUGGUGGACGUGAGAUAACCAUUGUGUUUGCUGAAGAAAACAGAAAAACUCCUCAAGAAAUGCGUACGAGUGCACGUAUAAGUAGCCGAUAUGGGGAAGGAUCUAGAAGGCGGUCUCCACUGAGGUCCCCAAGACGUCGAUAUCAUUCUUAUUCACGGUCACCUUCACCACCCAGGCGUGGUUUGAGAUUAUAAAGUGAAUUGAGAGACUUAAAGAAUUCAUCGAUUAGUAAAGACUAAAGAGAAAAGAGAUAAAGUGACUACUUGCUUUCUUAUCUUUCAAAGACACUCGAGAAGUAUUCAUUACUGACCUCAUCUUCAUCAACUGUAACCAACGGAUGGCUUGGGCUUUCCAAAAUUUGGAUGUUGGCUUGUAAGGCUCAGCACCACUAAAUUGAACUGUCAAAACCAUGGUUUGUGAGAUAGAUUACUAUCACAAGAAAGCUUUAUUUUUCUUACAUUAUUGGAUUUUUUAAAAUUUGAUAUCUUGGUUGUGCAUACUAUCCAGUUAAGAAAGAAUCAAAAGCUUAUAAUUGGCAAAAGAGAGAAAUCUUGGUCUCCAGAGAAAGAUAAUUUGGGUUUUAGAGAGAUGGGGCAAAGAGAGAUGUGAAGUUAUCAGUUGCUGAUCAACCACCUCACCUUGUGGUAGAGCAUAGCUCACAGUGGGUGGACCAAAAGUUUCAUAUUUUUGUCAGAAAUCUGAUAAAUGAUGCAGGUAAAGGUCAUGUCUUCAGUACUCGGACUCUGAAUGGGGAUUUAAGUAAAGGAUUUUCUCACUUGGCAACAAGUGAACUCAAAUCAGUUGUAUUUAAUUGUUGCAUUAUUCAAAAAAUUGCUUGAUUAUGCUAUUGUUUUGUGUUGGAUUUUUAGGGAUUUUUUGGAAUAGUUUAGGCUCUUUCGUGCAAAGUGGAGAUGGAGGUGUUGUUUAUUGUAUAUCCUGCCUGGAUAAAUCCAUUAGUGCUCCUGGACUGGUUUUUAUCUUUUCUAUGUUUUAGUUACUACUUAUAUAUGCUUUUUUGUGAUUGAUAUUUAUUGUUUAUAUGAUAUAUGCUUGAAUAUUGACAUUGAGUUUUAUUUGUGCUGGUAAAAGCAGAGACAGAGGCCGUGGUGCAAGGGAUGAUUAUUAUUCACCAUCACGGUCGAGAUCUAGAUCCAGAUCCAGAUCCAGGUCAAGAUUGAGAUCAAGAUCUAUCACUCGUUCCCCCUCGCCUCGCAAUGGGAGGGGUUAUAGGA